AUGUCCCUGGCCGACAGCGAACCAACCUUUGCAGCCCGAGCUCUUCAAUACGGUCUGCCUCAGUCAUGCAUAGACGUCCUUCAGGCGUCCAGGUUGGCGACAUUCAGUGCACUUCUUUUUCAUGUCGCCUCGGCCCCCAACAAAGUUGAGCAAGACAAAGUUGAGAAGGUCUUUCAGUCCUUUCCAGUUGCCGACAGGACGGACAGUACGAAGUCUGCAGUCAACAGGUUGUUAUUCGAAGCAGGAACGUUGGUUGUUGCAGAGCUUAAGAGCAUGGUCGAGACGCCUGAAGACGCUCCGCGAAAGUUGAGCCCGGAAGAAAGGGCAAGCAGGCUGGACUCAGUCAGGACCAGGCUCGGUAGCUGGCCCGUUGGGGGGCAAUUCGAACCAAGCCACGCUCUCGUUGACUCAUGUGCUGCCAUGAUCAGAGACCAGGCAAUCAGGUAUAUUCCGCCAAGCAGGUGUAGCAGUCGUGACGCUGAAGUCACCAGUGUGCGCAGGGAUGACUCCCUGAUCAGGCUGGAGAACAAUGCCCUUAAGGUUGGGGGCAAAACUCCCACUGUGCGCGUGGACCUUACCAGUGACCUCAGGGUCUACCAGGCUGUCUGUCGCAGAGGAGUGGCGCUCGAGGUCGCGGGUGUGUGCAAGUAUGAGGCGCACGAGACAAGUAUGCGUACAUUGUUUGAUCACAUCCAUCGUCACCCCCCAGCAGGGUAUGUGUCGCCCGGCCUAGAUCAGUUUUUGCUAGCCGACAGGGAGCUCUGGCGCUUAGUAAGCGAGCAGGUCCAGCACAAGUUUGCCCAGACAGGGGGCAGCUCUCAGGUUGACGCAGCCCUGCAGUCUGCAUGCACGGUGCUGUCACGCUGCCCCAAGGGCCUGUGCCUCUGUGCGCUCGCCAAGCCUCGUGUCGGGGACUCCCGGCGAUUGAGGAACCAGGUCCGCAGUUUUCAGCGCCAGGUUGCUAGUCCGUCCCGGCGAUCCGUGGACUCACUCGUGUGCCUGGAGGUUUUUGCAGGGACAGCCAGGCUCAGUUCUGCCUUGGCAGCUGUAGGUUUUCAGGCUUUGGCAGUGGACAGUAAGGUCGGCGGCGAGAUGCGAGUCCUGCAAGUCAAUUUGUUGCAAGAGUCUGGGCGUCAGUUGGUCCUGGACAUGAUUAGGUCUGGGAAAAUUUGGUCAGUGCAUUUGGCCCCCCCCUGCAGCACAAGCAGUCAGGCUAGGAGCAUUCCUGCCAGGGGCAGGAAGGCGCCAGUGCCUCUCAGGUCUUUCACUCACCCCGAUGGGUUGCCAGGUUUGAACAUGAGGGACAAAGUCCGAAUCAGCCAUGCAAAUAUAUUAUAUGAGUUUUGCGCCGACGCAAUUCUAGCAGCUGCAGCAGCAGGCUGCAUGUGGAGCAUAGAAAACCCUGCAGGUAGCCUCUUCUGGACUACAUCCCCAAUGAAGCGUGUAGCAAAUCAGUUGUCUGAGCAGCUUUGUUUUGUCCAGUUCCAUCACUGCUGUUUCGGAGGUGACAGAUGCAAACUCACUGCACUAUGGACGAAUGUUCGAGAUUUGUCCGUCCUCGGCAUGUUGUGCGACCCCAGCUUGGGACACAAGCACAAAGCCUGGGGUCGUUUGGACAACGGCUCUUGGGCGACGUCAGCAGAGACUGCGUAUCCCCGCAAGCUGUGUAGGCAAUGGGCCGCGGCCUUGUUAGGGGUUGCCAUCUCCCAGGGUUAUAGCGCGUCUGACGCCUCAGGUGCCAGGGCUAACCCAGUGGCUUCAACUAGGGCCCGCCUACGCGCCGCUUUAGGCUUCUUACCCAAGUCCUCCCUGCUGCCGCCGCAGGUCAAUCCUCUCCAAAAGUCCGAAUGGGUGCAGUUGCCCCCAGAGCUCGACAUGGCAGCGUGCGUGCCGGGUGCCUCUGCAGAGCGCCUCACGGGGGUCAAAAAUAGUCAGGUUGUGUCCAUUCGGAGGCAGGGUGGCAGUUGGUGGGCUAGCGUGGCAGAGCCGGUGCAACCACAGGAGUUUCUUCGCCGGGCUGCAAACUCUGUGCACCCGGCGGAAUGCCGGCCCCCACUGCCAGAGCCGCUUGAGUCGGCCGUGUAUCGUGUGCGCACUAGCCUGACUCAGGUGCACAGGGACAGAGUCCAGAUGCUGAAUUCCAUGUGCCAAAGGGCAAAAGAAUUGGCUAAGGAAGAGAAUGAGGAUCAUGCCAGGAUGGACAGCUCGGUCAGAGGCAUCUUACAGGGCAAGAGACUUCGGCUCCUGGAAGAGCUCUUACAGUCCAUUGAUUUCGAGGACAAGGCUUUGGUAGAUGAUCUGCGCAAGGGAAUGCCGUUGACGGGCUGGCUUAGGGAUAGUGGCCACAUGCAGGCGCACGUAGUUCCCCCACUUUUGACCAAGGACGAGCUCCUUAAACAGGCCCCUGCCCGCAACAGAGAAAUUUGGGACAUGACUGGGCCCUCCGGUGACUCGACACUGGAUGAGGCCCUCUGGCGCAAGACCUGCGAAGACGUGGACAACGGGUGGGCUUUCUUGUUGCCGCCAUCUGAUGCCCCCCCUGCAGAAGGGGCCCUCAGCAGGCGUUUCGCAGUCACCCAGGGUGACCGCGUCAGGGCCAUUGACGAUUUUAGUGUCUCCAGGAUCAACGACACAGUCGGAAGUCAGGACAAAAUCACAGUCAUGACUUCCGGUGACACAGUUGCCUUGGUGCAGGCGUUUCUUAGGUCUCCGCAGGUGCCCGCCAAAGCUCGCAAACUGCUGGGCAGAUGCUUUGACUUAAAGUCAGCGUAUCGUCAGCUAGCAGUCUCGCCGCAGGACAUGGAUGUAGCGCGUGUUGCAGUAUGGAACCCAGUUGCCAAAAGGGUUGAGGUCCUGCCGCUCAGGGCACUCCCGUUUGGAGCGUCCGCCAGUGUCUGGGGGUUCAUAAGAUUGGCUCUCGCCUUAUGGGCUGCAGGAACCCAGUUGCUGUGCAUUCCGUGGACCACUUUCUACGAUGACUACUCAGUAGUCACCCUGGAAGAGGAUGUCAGAAGUCUGCAAGCCUCAGUCUUCUUGUUUUUCCAGUUGCUAGGGUGGAAAGUAGCCACCGACGGGGGCAAGGCGUCUCCCUUCUGCCAGGUCUUUCAGUCCCUGGGUGUGGUUUUUGACUUGACAAAGGCACCCCAAAGAACUGUACUUGUCUCCAACACAGAAUCCAGGCGCAUUGAGGUGCGUCGCUGGUGUAAGGAAACGCUAGACAGGGGAACUCUGGCCCCAGCCGAGUGCCUUGCCUUUGCCUCCAGGGUUCGUUGGCUAGAGGCGCAGACGCAUGGUCGGCUUGGCAUGGUCGCGUUAAGGGUCCUCCUCAACCAUGCCAGCCCAGCAAAGGACUCACGCAGAGUCGCUAUGUCAAGCAGGUUACGUUGGGCAGUAUCUUGGAUCUUGCACAGUGUGCCCUCAGCACCGCCCAGGGCCUUUGAGCUUCAGGCACGCAAGAAGUUUUUGGUGUUCACCGACGGAGCAGUCGAGGAUGGCAUUGCUUCCGUAGGGGGAGUGCUCUGCAGCGCUCGUGCGCUGCCCAUUGCUUACUUCGGUGCUAAGGUUCCACAGUCGGUCACCGAGGCUUGGCGUGCCUGUGGUACGGAGCACCCAGUGUUUCAAGCAGAAUUGCUUGCCGUGCUGCUUGCAGCUCACUUGUGGGGAGGGGCCCUCGCAGGGAAUCUGUGCACGUGCUUCGUGGACAACGAGGCCGUCAAGCACGCUCUGAUUCGAGGAUCCGCCUUCCCAGAUUCCAACCAGCUGCUACUGGAGAAUUUCCUUUCCCAGGAAUCGUCUCUAGGGACACACUUCUGGUUCUGCAGGGUACCCAGCCCGUGCAACCCGGCAGAUGCGCCGAGCAGGGGGUUGUUCCCGCAGUGGCUGGCUUGUGCCAAGCGUGAAGAAGUCCAUGGGGAUUUUGCGCCUCAGGUCCAAUUGUGGAACCAGGGCAUCGGGAGCUUGCAACAUGGACAGGAGCCCAGGCUCCCAGUUCCCGAUGCAGUGCAGGUGCAGGAGCUUUCCAAAGUCGGAUUGCCGGCUAGUGCCGUGCAGCUUUGUCGAUCCGUUGUUGGACCUGACAGGUUCCUUUGGACCUAUCAGGAGGAUCUGUUCGAGCUGCCUGCGCAUGUGCCGCGGCCACUGGUCGCAGUAAAUGCUCAGGCAGUCGCAGUGCCGGCUUCCAGGGCGCGUGAAGAGCGCCAAGUGGCACUUAGCAAGUGGAGCGCUUUGAUUAGGCAGGCGCCCCAUUUCUUCAGUAUUCAGGUGCUCCACUUUGUCAUGAACCAAGACAAUAGGGUCGAGUUGGGCAACUUGGAGGUGAUAUUCUGUCGCAAGGCCACCAACACGUUGCUCAGCAGAGCCGGCGCACUGAAGAAACUGGUGGUUUGGGGGGUCUUUCGUUUUCCCAUGGAAGCCUUGUCUGAGCCGCUGCUUUUUCUCUUUAUGCAGGAGCUUAAAGACAAGGGCGCUUCAGCCAGUGCGGGUCAUUCAGUCUUGCAGGCGCUGGCCUUUUGUCAUGGGCUCCUUGGCUUAGCAGUUGCUCUUGACAGUCUUCGCAGCCCAAGAGUGACGGGCAUGGCUCACCUGCAGUUGCAAAACAAAAGGCCUCCUAAGCAGGCGCAACCGCUGACAGUGCAGGAGGUGCGUUGGCUAGAGCAGGCGGCCGCGCAGGACCCGCAGUCCUACGAGAGCCUUUUGGCAGGAGGAUUGUGUUUCAUGUUAUUUGCCAGGGCGCGACACAGCGAUGCGUGCAGAGCCAAAGAUCUAGCUUUCGACUUCGGUGCUAGGACUUUCAAGACUGGUUACGUGGAAUGCGCAGUUCUCAACCCCAAGCAAUCUCGAGCAGCCAGUCAGGGCAACAGGCUGCUGCCUAUGGCGGCACCGGUGCUAGGUCUUGAGGAGCGACCUUGGGCACUCAGUUGGACGUCGGCCAGACAGGCUUGGGGUUUGACCUGCGCCGGUGACCUAGCUGACGACUUCAUUCUUCCGGCCAUGUCAGCCAAUGGCCGCCUCUUGCAGGCCCACUUGACGAGUGCUGAGGUCACGAGGUGGCUGCGCGCCAUUCUCAGUCAGGACCCAAGGGCAAAUCAGGAUCACUUGCUCCAGCUCACGUCGCACAGCUUGAAGGUGACGCUUCUGAGCUGGACAGCAAAAGUUUUCGUUGGAUGGGACAAUCAGACAUUGCUAGGUUACCAUAGUCUUGGAGUGAACAAGAGUGCACUAAGCUACAGCAGAGACGCCUUCAGUGGUCCCCUGCGUGAGCUCGAAAAGGUGCUCACGUUGGUGCGUGCUGGCCAGUUCGAUCCAGAUGACACCAGGAGCGGCCGCUGGCAUCCAGUCCCGCAGGCGAGCUCAUCCUCAGCAUCUGCAGCGUCGGCCGCUGGUGACGCCGCAGAGGCUCUGCAGCAAGCGCUCCAGGAAUCCAGUGAGGGCAGUGACUCUGAGGGCUCAGUCUCCAGCAGUGGAUCCGAAAACGGCCAACUGCAAGUAAACGAAGCCACGCAUCUUCUCAGUCUCAUUGUGGAGUCAGGACGCUUCGCGCUCCACUCACAUGCAUCAAGUGGGAUCACCCACGUUGUUGAGUCCGGUUUUGACCGUUUUCUUUGUGGCAGAUCUGUUUACGGCCGCUAUCAGGUCGUGCAAGAAGUGUCAGGACAGGAUCUUAGACUUUGUUUCAUUUGCAACAAUGGCGCCGAGGCUAAGCUGAAUGGAGCUUGGGCGGGGGCAUAA